AUGUCAAGUUGUACUGCCACGGUUAACACAGAAUCACUAAAUCCAAUAGGCAAUAAGUUGGCUAUACCUGGAAGAAGUGGCAGAUGGAAACUAAUAAGUUUUGCUGUUAAUAAAACUGUUGCUACUGGUACUUCGAUUAUGACCCCAUCUGUUGUUGCGGUAUCCUCUCAAGGCUUGCAGCAAUUGCCAUUCAAACCGGAGGGAUACAACUAUUGGAAAUGGCGAAGCUACAGAAUUCAUUAUGUGGAGAAAGGGGAAGGGUUUCCAAUAGUUUUGAUUCAUGGAUUUGCUUCUUCUUCUUUUCAUUGGAGGUAUAACAUAUCAGAACUGGCUAAAAGAUACAAGGUUUAUGCUUUGGAUUUGCUAGGAUUUGGCUGGAGUGAAAAGACACUAAUAGAUUAUGAUGCUUUGCUUUGGAGAGAUCAGGUUGUCGACUUCUUAAAGGAGAUAGUUAAACAACCCGCUGUUUUAGUUGGAAACAGUCUUGGAGGGUUUACUACUUUGUUAGCAGCAGCAGCACUACCAGAUAAAAUCAGGGGAGUUUCCUUAUUAAAUAGUGCAGGACGAUUUGGGGAUGACGUUAGUACAACUGACAAAACUGAAGAGUCUGCCUUACAUAAGUUCAUUGUAAAGCCAAUGGAGGAAAUUUUUCAACGUGUUGUUGUCAGAUCAGCUUUCUGGAUAACAAUGCAACCAGUUCAAAUUGAAGCUGUACUAAAGAGUGGUGUCUACAGAAACCAUUCAAAUGUGGAUGAUUACCUCAUCAAUUCAAUUUUAAGGCCUGCAGCUGACCCAAAUGCCUAUGAAGUUUAUUACCGAUUAUUAAAACAACUCAUGUCAAACCCCACAAAGCACACACUUGACAGUGUUUUGAGCCAACUCUCUUGCCCAUUGUUGUUGUUGUGGGGGGACCUAGACCCUUGGGUUCAUGAUCGUGCAAAGCCAAAUCGAAUUAAGGAUUUCUACCCGAACACAUCCCUUGUAAACUUGCAGGCAGGGCAUUACCCCCAGGAUGAAGUUCCAGAACAAGUGAAUAAAGCUUUAUUAGAUUGGUUAUCAACCUUGACAUCAGAAAUUUAGCUUCAUUGCUAACAUAUGUAGUAGAGUAUGUGUUAUCAAAGUGUACUGCCCUGCGAUAAGAAAUUUCAUCAUCUUUUCCUGAAUAGAUUGCAUAGAAGCCGAUCAUUUCAAGACACCGAAGACUGAAGAGAUAAUUAGACUGAGCCACUGAGGUCUAUUCCAAAGAGACUGAUAUAAACUUUUUUUCUGAAAUCAUUUGAUCUGAACAUUUUUAUUUUAUACUUAUAAGCAUGAUUUCAGCAGUGAAUCUAAUUGAUAAAAGAACUAAUUUUCAAAGGGGAUAGAGAAAGAUCAUGAACAUAUAAAUCCUUAACUCAUUUUUCGUUGAGUAAGAGCAAUUGGAUGAAAUAAAUCUUUCCACACUUGAUUACAUAUGUUGAAUUCAAGUCGUGAAAACAGAAGAAAUGUAUUCUUUCCCUUCAAUCAAAUCAGUCCAGCAUUAAAUCUCAAGAAAAUAAUAAAAAAUAAAACUGGAUCCGUUGUGUAUAUCAUGUCAAAAAAAAAAUUCUUUGCUUGUGUUGGUAAACAUGAGGUGAGGAAUUGUUAACUUUACUUGUUCCAAACGCUAAGCACUAAAGCUAAAGAAGUUGGAUAAAGCAAGUGUCUAAUUCAUUUCACAACAGUUCAUGGAUUGUUGUGGUAUACGGGUCCUACAAUAAUGCACAAUGUAUAAAUUUGAAUUGAUAGUACUCGGACAAACAAAAAUACUACUCUCAUUUCUCUCGGUACAAAUAGCAUCACCUGUAAGCCAAAAAAACAAAGUCGCAAAUCCUCCUCAUUCAAUGGAAGCCUCUGUCAGACUACUCACUUGUUCUAAUCGCCACCAUGUCUCCCCUUCUCUCUUCCUCAAACUCAAUCACAAGCCCUUUCCUUUAUCACCAUCUUCCUUUCGAACCCCUUCACUUUCUUCUCCCCCAAAGAAUCGCCCCCGCAUUUUCUUAUCACAUCGCAAUCCCUCCUCCCCACUUUCUUCUCCAUUUGGGUUUUCGAAAAACCCUUUCCCGUCGAAAUUCUUGAAUCCCAUCUUAUCCAGCGAUCGUUUUGCUCGAAUAGUAUCUGGUACCCAAGAUAAAUUAUUCGAUUGGCAUUUUGCUGCUGGCAGUGAAAAGGGUAAUGAAAUUGGGGCAAUACCCAAAGAAGGCCCAAUUGUGACGGUUGUGAUGUUGGGUUGGCUCGGGUCAAAGCCGAAACAUUUGAGGAGGUAUAUCGAGUUGUAUAACUCUAAGGGUAUUCACGCUCUAACAUUUGUUGCUUCUGUGAAAGAUGUUCUUUCUUUCGAUCUUGGCAAGAAAUUGGAAGAGAGGAUUGCUGUAUUGGCAAAUGAGCUUGCUUUGUGGUUGUCGGAAUCCGAUAACGAUGGUCGUGAACGGUGUUUGAUUUUUCACACAUUCAGUAAUACCGGUUGGCUUGCGUAGUUAUGGUGCUAUUCUUGAGAAUCUGAAAAAUAGACAGGAUUUGUUGGAAAAGAUCAAGGGUUGUGUCGUAGAUUCCGGUGGUGAUCCAGAUAUAAGCCCUAAGGUCUGGGCAGCUGGAUUUACUGCAGCCAUGCUGAAGAAGUGUAGCUCCUUUGCAUAUUCUUCAGUAGAAGCUGGAGAAGGAAAUGAAGUGGAACGUCCAUUAACCUUGGGAAACAUUCAAACUAAGGGAGCCAUGAUGAUGGAAACCGUUCUUUUUGCAACACUUGAGAAGCUUUUCUCGUUGCUUCUUAAUUUGCCUGAUGUUAAUGAGCGGUUGACGAA